UAACCCACCUAACAAAAAAAAUUGGGCAAAUUCUGAAAUUUCUCACAUGCGCGCACAACAUAAACACAUUCUUCUUCUUCAGCUCUCUGCCUCUCUCGUCUCAGCUCUCUGUCUCUUUUCUUCUUCAAUCUCUCUUGUUAUUUAAUUGUUAAUCUCUCAGUUCUCAUUCACUCUAAAGUGAUGAUGACAACACCAAGCAAUGGUAAAAGUGGUCUGAAGAAGGGACCAUGGAGUUCAGAAGAGGAUAAAAAAUUAGUGGAUCACAUUCAGAAACAUGGUCCUGGACGUUGGAGAGAUCUUCCAAGGCGUGCAGGAUUAAACAGAUGUGGAAAGAGUUGUAGGUUAAGAUGGACAAAUUAUUUAAGUCCUGAUAUUAAAAGAGGGAAAUUUUCUGAUGAAGAAGAGGAACUCAUCAUCAAUUUACAUUCAGUUCUUGGAAAUAAGUGGGCAUCUAUAGCAACACAUCUUCCAGGAAGGACUGAUAAUGAAAUAAAGAAUUUUUGGAACACACAUUUAAAGAAAAAGUUAAUACAAAUGGGGUUAGAUCCAGUGACACACAAGCCAAGACCAGAUUACAUAGACCUUCCUAGCUAUUUACAACAAAUAAUAUUGAAGGCUGCAAAUAUUGUCGCCAAUUGUGACAUUAAUGAUCUAAGGUCACAAUAUUCAGAUGCCAAAUUCCAUUUGCCACAACUCAUGAGCACUACCAAUGAUAUUAUUAGUCCUUCUUCAGACUCACUGCCCCAAGAAAGUUUGAUAAAGGAUAUUCACUCUAAUAAUUACCUACAAAAUUUGUAUGAUGGUUCCAAUAUUGGUUUUCCAUCUCAAAUAAUUCAGCCUAAUUUGCAAAAUUUUGAGGCCCCUAUUGAGCAAUUACGACCAAUACAAGAAUGUGAGUACUCUAAGAAAUCUGAUGAACAAAUUGAUUCUACAUAUGUUUCUUCCACGAUAAUAUCAUCAAAUUCGCUUCCAAAGCUGAUUCCGGUUUCACCUCAACGUUUAGUACCAGUUAAACUAGACGAAGAAAACAUCAUAAAUGCAAACGAUCGGUGUUGUGACCCUUCUUCUUCCACAACAUUUGAAACUUGGGGAGAUUUCAUGAAUGAGGAAGCAAAUGAUACUUAUUGGAAAGAUUUCAUUGAGUAA